ACGAAAUCGGAAUCACUUCAGUUGCUUUUUAUAUUUCUCAUGUUCACCAGUGGAAAAUAUUGUCGGCCCCGCCGUUGUCUUUUCUAUAUCAUUGGCUUUUUCAUCUGUCAGUUGAUUUUGGUAUUCCAAUUUAUCCGCUUCGAAAGAUAUACUGAUACACCCGCGAGCAUAACCUUACAUCAUGCAAAUGGCAGUGGGAAUCGCUUUCUGGAUUGGCGUGAAUUUAUCUCUCAUACACCGCUAAGAUCAGAGGAUUAUUACCAGUACAAUCUUCACUUAAGUGAUACUUUGGGAGUAAUUCGUAACUUGCCUUCGACAAGGCAUUAUGGCUGCAUGACCCGCCCAUUCAAGCUUCCGCCCCCUCUGGCUUCCACUGUGAGUGUGGUGAUCAGUUUCCACAACGAGGCGCGUUCGAUGCUGCUGCGCACCAUAGUUUCCCUGCUGAGACGCACGCCGGAGGAGUAUCUGCACGAGCUAAUCCUCGUGGACGAUGGCAGUCAGGAUGUGACCCUGCUGGACGACCUCAAGCGAUGGAUGGACGGGGUUUUUGAGGCGAGAAGGGAUCGCCUGGGGCUUAUCUUCCGCCGAAACCAGAAGCGCAUGGGUCUAAUUUCGUCGCGCAACAGGGGUGCCUCCUUGGCCAGCGGACAUUAUGUGCUCUUCCUGGACAGCCACUGCGAGGUGAACGAGGAGUGGCUGGAGCCCCUGCUGGAGCGACUGGCUCUCAAUCCCCAUCUGGCAGUUAGCCCACUACUUGACCCCAUUGACCCGACCACCCUGAGUUACCGGAAGGGCAACGAGAUGCUGAAGGGCGGUUUCGAUUGGUCCCUGCACUUUCACUGGCUGAAGAGGCAGUUGGCCAUCAAGGAGCUGCCCGAGAUGCCCUACAAAAGUCCUGCCUUCGCUGGAGGAGUCCUGAUGAUGUCACGCGAUUGGUUCCUUAAGUUAGGCAGCUUCAAUUCGUAUCUGAAGAUCUGGGGCGGCGAGUCCAUCGAGCUGGCCAUUAAAUUGUGGCUUUGUGGGGGACAAAUUGAGAUCGUGCCCUGCAGUCGAAUCGGACACAUCUUCCGCCGGCGCCACGCCUUCGACUUCCCACCGCAAUCCGACCAGGACCAGCAGUUGAGCCCGGCCCAGGAAACCUAUCUGCACAACUCAAAAAUCAUAGCCGAGUCCUGGCUGGACGGGUAUAAAAAUAUGUUCUACGCACUGAGGCCGGUGGCCAGGCGAAUUCCAUUGGAUCACACCUACGACGAGAUGCAGAAGCUGCGGAGGGAGCGCCAGUGCCAUCCCUUUGAAUGGUAUCUGCGGCAUGUCAGUCCCGAACUAAAGCUGCACUUUGACGAACUGUCGGCGACGGGAACGCUGCGGAAUGAGGAUCGGUGUCUGCAUGCCAGACAGAUGGACUCGCAGCUGAUCCUGGCCAGCUGCUACCUCAGCGACAUCACCCAGUGGAGCAUGUUGCGCAGCAGUGGACAGCUGAGCACCCAGCGGGAGUUGUGCCUGGGAGUGGGAUUAAGGAUGCGGAUAGCCCUGCAGCCGUGUGGCAGGAAUGAGACCAUGAGGAAGUCCCAGCGAUGGCUGCGCCUCGGAACCCACCUCCUCCAUGUCGAGACGCACCUUUGCCUCGAUAAUCCGUUCAAGGACCGACUGGAGAUGAGCACCUGCCGUUCGCAUGCCGUAUCGCAGUCCUUUCAAUUUGCAUUGGAAAUGGAGGGGCAGACAUAAACUUGGCUAAUGAUACUCGAUUACUCCGCCCGAUUCGAAAUACCCCAAAAUUCUGAUACUGAUUCGAUGAACCUGAGCCUCUUAGUUCUGUGAUGGUUGAGUGUUACUGUGUGUAUGUUUGGGGUAAAUCUCUUGGCAUGCAGGUAAAUCAAAAUGCUGACAUGUUGUGCUAAUCUCUGUGAAACAUUUCCGCUGCCGGAGCCACAUGGCCAUAGAUUACGGAGGCGGCGGUAAAUUAUGGCGCCAUAGAUAUAAGGAGAGGUGCUCCCAACUCCGAGAUCCUUGCUCCUUCUUUUUUUUUGUUUUUUUUCCGCAGCCUUUGUUGCCGGCGUCCGACUAUCAAGACUCGCAGCGCUUCCUGUCGCAUCCGUCACACGAGACAGGAUACAAUGGUUCCUGGGGGCGGCGGCUGGGAAAUGGGGGCGUGGCCAGAUAAAGGCCAACGACGCCGCGCGUAUUGUGCGGCUUGUUUAGGCUGCCCCUGUCAUCAGUCAGCGAACAGGGAACAGGGAACAGCGAGCAGCGAGCAGCGAACAAAAGCUUCCCUUCGGCGGCAAGGAGUCAGUCGCAAAUGUAAUUGAGUUGAUGACAAUGCCACUGACUGCCCGGCUCGCGCUUCCGGCAAUUUUGAUGGCCUCCGGAUGCCGGCGACAAAAAGCGGCGACACCGGAAACAAGACCAAAUAAAACAGGAACAGCACCAGCAGCAGCAGAAACAUCAACUGCAAAGGCAGAAGUUCAUGGUGUGCUGAAGCAUUUGCCAA